CAGCAGCCAUCCAUUCGUGAGUGUCGUCUGGACCUGCGUUUCACACAUCAGAGAAGCGAGUGAGUGAAUUACGUAAUUAUUUAUUGUUUUUCCGCAUUAAAUCGUCAUCCGAUCCUCGACCGUCUAGAUCCUCGCACCUCGCGUUCUCCUCGAUCGAUCCCCGUUCGGGUGAUCCGGCUUAAAAAUCGCGAGAAUCAGCGAGUGUGUACAACCUCGCGAUUUGUUGGUUAUAUAUAAUAACAGCAGCAGCAUGGGCCACUUGGAUUUCGGUAACUUGGCGAAGAUCCGCGGAAUCGUCUACUUCAGGCUCAGCCCACACGAGCAGAAGGCCUUUGCUGGUGCGAUCAGCCAUGGUGUGCCCAACAUGAUCCGUCGUUUCAGGGAGAGCGUAUUCCAUAUCCUUCCUUCCGCAAUCAUCACCUACAUGAUUAUCGACUGGGCCGACAAGAAGAACAUCGAGCUGUCGAGGAAGAACCCCAAGGACUACGAGAACGACAAAUAAACAGUGUCCCUACAACUAGCUGAUAAUUUAUAGUUUCAAAUGCGUUGCCAUCGGCGUGUAAAUACGUCGGCAGACGAUAAGACAUAAUUCAAGAAAGAAAGAUGUUCAACGUUGUAAGUCUAUAUCCGAACUCUUGUAAAAUACACGCAAAAUUCUAAGCUCAGAAGAAA